AUGGGGCAACGAGAAGCAUGGGACGUAACGUACAUCCUGCCCAGGGGAAAUAGGGCGGUCUAUCGACAGGUGCCACUAGACAGCAUGGAGGAGCUUCGUGAACUCACUCAUGAAGCGGCCAUAACGUCGUUAAAGCCGCAACAGAAAUACAUGCUGCACCGCUCUGCAAGUGAUGAAGAGUGUGUCGUUCCCGGGUUUCUUGUUUAUCACGUACCACCGAAAGAACUGGAGCACCUUGGCCCCAUGCUGCUCUCCCCAGAGGUGGAGAGUUGGCGUUCUCUCCUUCAACGGCAAGCUGGUGCCUCCCAUAUGGUUCUCCAGAUUGUCCCAAGAAAACGGCAAGAGAAAAGAGUUCAGGACGCAACUGACGUGGCGCGUGGUUUCAGAUCAACCUCCCCGCUCCUGGGGGAUACGAGGCCACGGCAGCCCUCGCUGUCCCGCGUCGGCAACGCGGUGGCCAUGGGGGAGGCAGAAGACGACGCUGAGGUUCCGCCCCCGUUGACGGAGGCUGGAGACCCGGUAGGGGCGGGGGUCACUCGCGCCUCUUCUUGUGACGUGGAAUCGAAGUCCCUGAAGUUCAAGCCCCAAGCCACCUUGGCGCGUCUGCGGGAACACGUAGGCGUUUGGCCGCAUCUAAGGAGCCGUCCACCACAAGUUCCGCCAAACAGUUACACUCUGAAAGACGGUGUUACCCCAACAGUACGUGUAUUUGCCCUCACCUACGUCUUUAAGUAUGUUGAAGACCUUCGACGUGGGUAUGACGACGGAGAGGGAAAGAUGGAUAAAUUUCCAUCAGCGCUCAUGUCGCGCUCUGACCUGGUUUACUUUGCGGCAUCUGUCGUGAAGAUUUGGGAGGUGCAGCUGGUGCUGAGUUCUACUGCCAUGAAUGAGAAAUGGAUCAGGCUCCCUCAAUUAGUGCGGAGCGCGCAGUCUGACUACCUCAGGAAUCUCCUGGGUGAGUUGUGUUCACGGCUCUUUGUUUCCGUUCAAUUAGAGCAUAACCGUUACCAGAAACCAAAAAGAGAAUUAUCGCCCCUAUUGGAGGAAAACCAAUGUGGCCCAUCCUCCGCGUAUGAUGAGAAAAGCAAAGAAAGGGUUGAGGCAGAUGAGGCACUGCGUCUCAUUGAGGAGGUGACAUACUGCUCCUCUACAGGACCCCUCUCUGUACCUCUGCGGAAUCCCAGGAAAGGUGGGCUUAUUGUUUCUCUGCGUGCGCCAAAAUACGUCCUUGUGCACGAGGAAAUCGUUAUCGUUGGGUGUAUGCAAUCUAGAAGUUCUAUCGGAUUGUUUUGGUGGCUUGUGGAACUUGGGCCCUCCGCGCGUUUGCCGGAGAUGACGUAUACAGAUGAAAACUAUUUAGUUGUUCUCCCACUUGACGCAUUGUACCUCCAGCGUCGCAUCGCAACGUAUCAAAUAACCCCCAGCACGUUUCUGCUUAUCAUUCAACCCGGGUUCCUUUUGUCGUCUCGGCGGUAUCGGUGCGUGGUGGAGGCGUAUGAUGUUCGAACAGGUGACGUGGCUGUGAGUGACGUGAACUUUGACACGCUACCUGGGGAACUUCCACAAUAA